AUACCGUUUGUACUAUUCCCAGUCAUCAUGAUUUCGACGAAAUUGCGACAUUUCUUUGGUGUACAGUCAUCGAUCACGGUCGUUCAUAAUUAAAAUGGCCCUCGUUUCGAAAAUAGUAAACGUUUGCACUCCCAGAACAAUACAUCCAGCCCAAUAUCGCCGUGUAUAGAGCAGGUGCGAGUGAUUUUGAAACUUAGCUCUUAUCACUGGAAGCAAAAUUGAUAAGAUCAUUGGAUCGACGGUAUACGUACACAUCCAGGUCGAUAAAUAACGGUACUCAUGGCCACGAACAUUACAUUCCAUGCUGGUUCUGUUGAUUCAGCAUCACGGACUGAGUCGCUCGGACAAAAGGGGGUGACAAUAUGGUUAACUGGCCUCAGUGCCAGUGGAAAGUCCACUAUUGCGUGUGCCCUCGAGCAACAUCUCCUACAUCUCCACAAAUUCACCUAUCGUCUCGAUGGCGAUAAUAUACGCUUUGGGCUGAAUAAAGAUCUUGGAUUCGACGAGGCAUCACGGACGGAGAACAUCAGGCGGAUCGGAGAGGUUUCGAAACUGUUUGCAGAUUCUGCUUGUAUUGCUGUCACCGCAUUCAUUUCCCCAUAUCGAGCAGAUCGUCGGCUGGCCCGUGAACUCCACGAUAAAGCAGGUCUCAGUUUCAUCGAAGUAUUCGUCGAUGCUCCUCUGAGCGUUGUUGAACAACGUGAUCCAAAAGGGCUGUACAAGAAGGCGCGAGCUGGAGAGAUAAAAGAAUUCACUGGUAUUUCUGCACCGUAUGAAGCGCCCGAGAAUGCUGAAAUACACAUCAAGACCGACGAAUGCGAUGUUGCAGAGGCUGUCCGAAUUAUCGUUGAAUACCUUGUGAAACAUCAGUUUGUUUGAUGCAGAUAGUGCUUAAGUAGCUUUUCACUGCCGCACAAAUCUGGUUGAUCAGAUUGCAUGGAAUGAAGGAAUGUAUUUAUGCAGUAAUAUACCAAUAGAUGCACAUUAUGGU